CCUCAGUCAAAUGAUUGUUUUGAAAAAUACCGACGUCAGCCAUAUACAAAUACUGACAGAAAAUGGGCCCGAAACACAUUGCAAAGAAAAACCUCACGUAUUGGAUACCUGUUAGAAAGAACAAAAUCCAUGUUGCCUCCAAACCAAAAAGUGCGCGAUCUAUGGCCACGUUUCAAGAAUCACUCAAAGCCACUCUGUUCAUGGGGCAAAUGUUUUCUUUAAUGCCAGUUGUUGGAAUUCUAAACAAAAACACGGCUAAUUUACGGUUUGUUAAGGUACAUUGGAAAAUUGUGUACACAUGUUUAUCAUUCGUCGGCCAAUUAUUCAUGACCAUAAUGUGUACAAUGAAGGUAUUCAAUGACACUUCUCUGAAAUCUACAACACCGGUCAUAUUUUACGGAACUACUCUCAUAACAAUGGGGAUGUUUUUGCAAGUAGCCAUAAAUUGGCCAUGCCUUGUGCAGCACAUAUCGAAGACUGAGGAGUUGGAUCCGAAUUUUGAUAGCAAACUGCUGUACAGGUGCAAUAUUACGUGUGCUAUUGUUCUUACUAUGGCUUUGUUUGAACACAUCUUAUCUCUCCUAUCAGCUUUUGCUGGAGCAAUGGUGUGCUUCCCAGACGCUCAUUUGUAUGAAGGUUUUGUAAGGCAUUUUUAUCCUUGGGUCUUCAAUUUUCUACCUUAUACUCCGGUUCUUGGAUUACUGACUCAGUUCCUACACUUCCAAUCUACGUUCAUAUGGAACUUCUCAGACUUAUUUGUGAUUUGUAUGAGUUACUACCUGACUUCACGUUUGGAACAAGUUAAUAAGAAACUAACUGCAGCACAGGGCAAGUAUCUACCAGAAGUGUUCUGGAAGACUUCUCGUGAGGAUUACUGCCGCGUCACGCAACUUGUGCGAAGGGUUGAUGACGUUAUCAGCGGUGUCAUAUUCAUUUCGUUCGCCAACAACCUGUUCUUUAUCUGUUUGCAGCUCUUUAAUACUUUGGAGAAUGGUGUCAAAGAUACUCUUGAUUGCACUGUACGUCCAAAAGGAAAUCUUAACAAAAGCCAUAUCCUCGGAGGUUACGAAGCAGCAGCAUACUUUAUAUUCUCCUUGGUGUUCCUCAUCUCCCGUUCAGUGGCUGUGUCGCUGAUUGCGUCCCAAGUGAACUCGGCUUCUAACGUUCCAGCUCCUGUUUUAUACGACGUGCCUUCACCAGUGUACUGUGUUGAGGUACAAAGAUUUUUGGACCAAGUGAAUGGAGACGUUGUUGCUUUAAGCGGUCUACAAUUCUUUAUUGUCACUCGAGGACUGCUUUUGUCGGUUGCAGGAACUAUAGUGACUUACGAACUGGUGAUGGUGCAGUUCAAUUCGCCAUCACCUUCAGCAGUGCCUGCAAAUGUGUCUACAGUUCUCCCACUUCUUCUUUCUACUACACCAACGGCGUAGAUAUUUGGAAUAAAAUAGUUCUGUGAUGUACUCGUAGAAGCAUGUAGCGUGCACUAUCUUGAUCAGUGAUCUGCUGUUCCCGAGAAUGUUCCCAGAAUGGGAAUUUUUC